GCAAAGCCGCGAGGUUGGAAUUCCAAGCAGCCUGCUUAUUCCUGUAAGAGCAUCCGGCACUCUGGUGACUCUAAAGGAGACGGGAGGUACUGGAUCGACCCUCAGAACAGUGGAAACCCGUUGAAAGUUUACUGCGACAUGACAACUGACGAAGGUGAGAUCUGAUCUUGAAAGUCUGAAAUUAACUGUUUCUAAGUAGAAAUUUAGUUCAAGAGUUAAAGAAAAUAUUAACUUUUGCAUAAAUUAGUAUUAAUUAGGAGGUUUUCUUCGCCUUUCACUAAUCAGACCUAAUAGAAUUUCGAAAUAUUUUCAGAUAAAAGCAACUUCUUAAAAGUCUGGUUAUGUCUAGAGAGUGCGCUUUGAAGAACAUGGGAACUGGUGUUUCCAGUUUGGAGAUUCUUCAGGACAAGAAGUCCAUGAAGAUCUAGCUGAAAUAGCGUGAUUUGAAAUAUCUUAAAACUUUUUGACGGUUAAUAUCAAUCUGCAUUAUUGACUGUUGACGGUAAAACAUACCCUUUCUGACGGUUGACGGUUAAAUUUUUUGCCGUUUGGCGGCUGACGGUUAACCCUAUUGAAACGGCCCGUGGCAUCUCAAGGCUUCACACCCGGACAACCAGGGUGAAAAUAGCAACAUUGUCUUGAAUACGGAGCGCAAAUAAUUGUUCUUGCAAAUGUUUAUCUUAAUUUAACUUUGGAAAGACCAUUAACACUAGCUCAUAAAGGAACUUUUUACACCUUGUACAUGGCCGCAGAACACAGGUGGCCAAGUUUCGCUGCAAGUUAAGUCGCCAAUUUUUUUUUCUUUACUCGCCAUGGCCACCAAAAUGGUCGCAGCUUGGAGCGCUGAAUUUAUUAGAGUUUAAAAUAAUGUACAAUUUAUUGAUUUAAGUUAAGCAGUCACGUGUAAUUGUUUUUGUAAACAAAAUUUUACAGCCAGUAAUGCAGGCGUUUUCUCAGAGCUUGGGGUUCGUUGGAUUACUCUUUUCUGAUGCUCAUCUCUGCUUUCAAAAUAAGAUUUUCCCUUGUACAACAAAAAAAUGCUAAUUUUCCAGAGCACAACGUAAAUUCGUCAUAGGCAGUUUCAAUGGUGAAUCCAAAGGGCACCGGAGGUACUGGAUCGACCCUGAGAAGAGUGGAAAUCCGUUGAAAGUUUACUGUGGUCGACAUGAGAGUUGUGAGAUCUGCUCUUAAAAAUCUGUUCUUCACAUGAACUCACUCCCUUCAACAGAAUAUUAGUUAAAACUUGGGAAGCCUAAGACAGAUCAGGACAAUAAUUAUCAAUUACUGGAUAAGGAUGAGUGUGAUAUAAAGAAUUAUACAGAUUUGCCUCGGCAAAAGAGAAAACAGACAUUGUUUGCUGCCGGGUCAGUUUUUCUCUAAAUUAUACCUGUACCUUUAAAAACGGUUGUUUUUCCUUAUUAAAAAACAACUUUCCAUUUCAGGAGGAUGGCUCCUCGUUUCCAACGUUGUGAUUGGUUCAACUCCUCCCUCUCAGCUGCCAGUCAAGACUUCAUACCGUGGAAUAACCAGUGAUCAGAUGGUUCUCACGAAAACCGCCAUGAAUGAGCUGAGAACACACUUGUCUUUCACCCAGCUGAGAUUCCACUGCUUUAAAAAAUAUGGACGUACGUUCCACGUUACCACUGCUGCCAACAGCAGCGGUGAAGCUGUAGUCCAGUACUUCAGCGGUCAGACAGAUGUCCAGCCCGCCUCGUGUGGCUCAUAUGUCAUUAGGGAAAAUGACAACUCAAGGCUGGCAAGAGUUUGUCAGAAUUGGGGAUUGGAAAAUGGCGUGUACACAGUUGGCAAAUGGGGUCAUGGUCAAAAUCAAGACAGGCUGUAUAUAUAUUCUGCUUUCAUAGUUAGCGAAUAUCAUUGGUACAUGAACCCACCUUAUUUUUUUUGCGAUGAUAAAAUCCCAAAUCCAACAUCUGGUGAUUUCUGGAAAGUCUAUGUUCGCUAA